AUGUCUUCCACCGACCAAACCAUCGUUCUCAUCACCGGCGCCAAUGGCGGCAUCGGUUUCUCCCUCGUCACCCAACUCCUCGAAAACGCCAAAUACCUCGUCCUCCUCGGCAGCCGCUCCGCCGAAAAGGGUGAAGCGGCCGUGAAACAGCUCCAGGGAAAAGGAUUGCCUGGCAAAGUGGAAUUGGUGCAGAUUGAUGUCAGCGACGAGACGAGUAUUCUCAAGGCGAAGGACGUGGUGGAGGAGAAGUAUGGUCGCAUCGACGCCCUCGUAAACAACGCCGCCAUAACCGGCGAAGCACCCGCCUCCUCCUCCCUCGCCACGCGCAUGACAUCCGCCUUCCUAACCAACGCCACGGGCCCAGCCAUCAUCGUGGAAACAUUUGCUCCCCUCCUCGCGAAAAGCGCGCAGAUGGGCAAGACGCCGCGGAUUCUGAAUGUGUCGAAACAAACCGGAGCAUGGGGCCAAGCCUACUAG